AUGAGCCUUUUGAUCCUCGUUCCUGGACCAUUUCAGGUGAUAAAUCUGGGAAUUUUUAAACUGAAAGAGUUGGUUAGUGAGGGAAAAACAAUUUAUAUUAGUGGAAAAAGAAAAUCAACACAAAAGAUCAUUGCUGAUAUAGUCGAGGCACUAAUUGGUGUUUCCUCAUCACUGGUGGUGAAAAGGCUGCGCUGUUGUUUAUGGAUUGGGUUGUCAUUCAAUGACCUUACUCUUUUAGUGGAAGCUUUGACCCAUGGUUCCUACAUGCUGCCUGAAGUUCCUAGAUGUUAUCAGCGACUAGAAUUUCUUGGAGAUGCAGUGUUGGAUUAUCUGAUUACUUGGCAUUUGCAUUUACUCCAUGCCUCACAAGAACUUCAUAAGCAUAGUGCUGUUAAACUUGUCAAUUUUGAAAAGCUGUCUUCAUCAUCAACUUUUGGAUACGGGUCAGAGACAUCACUUCCUAAGAGGAAAAAGCUCCUUGAGAGUGAACUUGACUGUAAAAUGUACAUGCUUUAUGGUGUAUCUAGUAUAAAUUCUGGGUGGAUAGAUGCUUGCUUACUCCUGCAUUUUAUACACAAGUUUACCUCAGAUGAUCCUUGA